AUGGCCUCCAAGUUGAAGGAACGGAAAAGGAUCCCGGUCUCCCACAAAGUGAUCGAGAAGAGGAGGCGGGAUCGGAUCAACCGCUGUCUCAACGAACUCGGCAAAACGGUGCCGAUGGCACUGGCAAAACAGGUACGUGUGGCGAAAGGGGGCAGAGAGCACAAUCAUAGUAGCUGCGUUUUGCGUGUUCUGGGACGAGAGAGGAAGGAAGCCGUUUGUGUAGGUGGGCUUGCCUCGGCGUGGCUGUUGCCCCGCUCUUUGCGUCGAGGGGUAGACCCCGGGUUCAAGGAAACGCUUCCUGACGUGUCGGUCUCUCUUGGUCCAUUUCAGAGUUCCGGCAAGUUAGAGAAAGCGGAGAUCCUGGAGAUGACCGUCCAGUACCUGAGGGCCCUUCACUCGGCGGAUUUCCCUCGCGGCAGAGAAAAGGAGCUUCUAGCUGAGUUUGCCAACUACUUUCACUAUGGCUACCACGAGUGCAUGAAGAACCUAGUUCACUACCUGACCACAGUAGAGAGAAUGGAGACCAAAGAUACCAAAUAUGCCCGGAUCCUGGCUUUCUUGCAAUCCAAAGCUCGCUUCAUCGCUGAACCCAUCUUUACUUCACUAGGAUCUCUUCCAGAGCCAGACUUUUCCUACCAGCUCCCAUCAGCUCCAGACUGCUUGGCUCACAGCACCAAUGACCCUGUUUUCCCACAGGGAUCCGGGCCCGGGCACUUCUCUUGGCAUAGCUCUGCCAGGAGCCCUACUAUCCCUUACCUUCCCAAUGCUGCUGUGCCCCUCACUAGCCCUGGGCAGCAGCGCAACACUUUCUUGUCAUCAGUACAAGGGCUGGACCGCCACUACCUCAACCUGAUUGGCCAUUCCCACCCCAACUCAUUCAGCCUGCCUGUUGGCCAGCAUCCAUCUGUGCUAUAGUCUACACCUGGGAUUGCCAGCUUGUUAUCCAAAGAGGGCUCCUGUGUUUCUAAGAGCUGCUCAGAGAGAUGUGCAGCUUCUGCCUUCCCAGUGCUGCCUCACCAUUGAACUUCUCCCUGCCAUGUUGUUUCUGAAGGUACAGAAUAUGUUCCAAGGCCAAGCCGUGCCAAGCCCCUCUGGCUAUUACAUAUUUAUAUGAUCUUA